AUGUCAGGCGGUGGCUACGAACGGGUAAAUACCCGCGAUGAAGAAGAUCACAGGACAGGGGCAACCGGGCCCCGAGAAAUGAACCCAAUUCCCAAUUCACCGCCUCCUUCCUUCCACUCCAGAGCCUCUUCCUUCGAGCGGCGCCGACAACGCGUGAACCAAGACCUUGCAGAUGCUUUCGAUGCCGACGGAGACGAUAGUGAGGACGAGUCCGAUGAUCGACAGAGGCUGGUGCGAAACAACAGCCUACCGGCCGAACCCACCACACCAUCACAGAGUAACGAGGAGACGCCAGCCAGAACAGGGAGGAACGGGUAUCAGUCAGUACCGCAAGUAGGGAGUGCAAGCCUAGGAGGAAGGGUUUAUGGUGGUGGCUCGCAGGCGGACGGAGUAUUUUCCAACAUGUCUGCGAAGCCCGAGAGGAGUGACGGCGAGAAGGAGGAACAGCCACCAUCAUACGAACAAGCUGCGGCGGACCAGGCGCCACCGUACUGGGAGACGACGAUCCUAGCACCCGGUCUCGGUGGACCAGACGAUGUGUUUAUCGAUGGUCUACCGGUUGGCUCUUUCUUCAGUUUUCUCUGGAACGCCUUGAUUUCGUGGUCAUUCCAAAUCGUCGGAUUCCUCCUCACGUACCUCCUACACUCUUCACAUGCGGCAAAGAAUGGUUCCCGGGCGGGCCUAGGUAUCACAUUAAUCCAAUUCGGAUUCGGCCUCAAGACCACUGUUGGCUCGUCGCCGCCUUCUGGGCAGAUGCCUGGACCCGACGGUUACGCGAGCCCCCCAGAUCCGAACUCCCACGACUUCGAUCCGAGCGAUGUGACGAACAGUGACGACGACGCAUUUGACAUUUCCGGAUCCGAGUGGCUUUCUUAUAUCCUGAUGGUGGUGGGAUGGUUCAUUCUCAUUAGGGCGAUUAGCGAUUAUCUGAAUGCGAGGCGACACGAGCAGCUUGUCCUGCAGAGUCCUGACCGGGGACUCCCGGUGCCUAUUAUUGCUGAGGGAGAGCCUCCAGAAAGAACCGUAUAG